GCAGAGUGCCUCUCUGUGGCCCUCGAGUGCUGUCUUCAGAAGCUGUGGAUGCGGUCCCUGCCCAGCCUCGACUUGAUUGGUGGGCCCGCGGAGGGCCAAAUGGUGGUGGUCACCGGCCCCACCAGCGGCAUCGGCAAAGAAACGGCUGCAGCCCUGGCUGCCAGGGGCGCUCACGUCAUCUUGGCCUGCCGGAGCGUGGCCAGAGGGCAGGCGCUUAAGAAAGAGCUGGAGGACCAGGCCGACGCUGCUGGCCAACCGCAGCCACGCCUGGAGGUAAUGGAGCUGGAUCUGUCCUCCCUGCGGUCAGUGCGCAAAUUCGCAGCGGCCUGGCGGCAACGCCGCCUGCCACUGCAAUGCCUGAUCAACAAUGCUGGCGUGUUUGCGAUGGGGGGCGCUCGGGAGCUGACGCCUGAUGGCUAUGAGGCUCACCUGGGCACUAACCACCUGGGCCACUUCCUCCUCACCAUGUUGCUGCUGCCGGGCCUCCAGCAGGCUGCAGAAGAGACAGGGCGCCCGGGCCGCGUAGUGCACGUCUCCUCCAAGCUUCACUUCAUGGGCUCGCUGCGCCAACAAGACAUGAACCUAUCGACUGGUUACACCUCGCUGGCGGCAUAUGGCCAGAGCAAGCUGGCUCAGGUGCUGUUUGCUUGGGAGCUGCAACGGCGCACGGGCGGGCGGGUGGUGUCCGUGGCACUGCACCCUGGGGAGGUGAUGACGGAGGUGGUACGCAGCCUGCCGGGCCCCAUGCGUUGGGCAUAUCGCCUCCUGCUGCAGACCAUUCUGCUCACGCCGGCACAAGGCGCUCGGUGCAGCGUGUACUGUGCCACUAGCCCCGACCUGGACCGUCCCCAGUUCCCAGGCCAUUACUACUUUGACUCCAAUUGCACUCCCAUCACACCAAGCAGGCAGGCUCAGAACCCACAACUGGCUGCCUGGCUGUGGCAAUGGAGCGCCGCCGCUGCGGGAUUGCAGCCGGCUGAUGAUCUGCCACCACCAGCGAAGGAGGCAGCUUGCUAAUCAGCGUGCAUGCAUGUCGCAACAUGUAAUUUUGUGGCAC